UGAACUGAGCGGAUGGAAAGGGUAAAAAAAAAAGACAGCAAGGGAAACACGAAUCACAAGCGCUGAUGAACAAUCUGGAAGAGUACAAAGCCGACAACCCACAACAUCUACAACAAGAAGAGAUGGCAGCUUCCGCGGGGGCGAUGGAUGGCUUGGCUGCAUCCGCUCUCCGCUCCGUUCUCCAGAGAGUCCACCAGACCGCCGAGCGGUGUGGUCGUGAGUCGCAGCGGAUCCGUGUGGUUGCCGUCAGUAAAACCAAACCCGUCUCCGUCAUUCGCCAAGUGUACGACGCUGGCCAUCGCUGUUUCGGUGAAAACUAUGUCCAGGAAAUCGUCAAAAAAGCUCCUCAGCUUCCGGAUGACAUAGAGUGGCAUUUUAUUGGGAACUUGCAGAGCAAUAAAGUGAAGCCUUUGAUUGCUGGUGUGCCAAACCUUGCCAUGGUGGAAACUGUAGAUGAUGAGAAGAUUGCAAAUCAUCUUAAUCGUGUUGUUGGAAGCUUUGAAAGAAAGCCUUUAAAAGUAUUAGUCCAGGUGAAUACCAGUGGCGAGGAAUCAAAAUCUGGUGUAGAGCCUUCAGGUUGUGUGGAACUUGUAAAACAUGUUAGUCUGAAUUGUCCGAACCUUCAAUUUUGUGGACUGAUGACAAUAGGGAUGCCUGAUUAUACAUCAACACCAGAGAAUUUCAAGACAUUAGCAAAUUGCAGAAGUGAGGUCUGCAAGGCUCUUGGAAUACCUGAAGAACAAUGUGAACUAUCAAUGGGAAUGUCUAGUGAUUUUGAGCUAGCUAUUGAAAUGGGCAGUACGAAUGUCAGAGUUGGAUCAACCAUCUUUGGAGCAAGGGAAUAUCCCAAGAAAAACUGAAACAAAGCUUAUGAAGUAGAGGGGCUUAAUCUUUAGAUCUUCAUUGCGUUGUUUAUUAAAAGAGUUGUAGGCAAACACAAUCCUCGGUCUGUUGUUCUCGUACGUGAAGAGAAAGAAAAGGUGAAAAGAUACUGAUCUAUCUUAUCAUCCAUGGAACUUGUUUAUUCCAUCAAAAUAAUGCUAAUAAAUGUAAUGAUUUGAUCUUAUAUUUAAUUCUUACUGUUCCAUUGGAAAAUUAUUAAUAUAAUAUUUGGUUCCUGAUAAUUUUUU